GGCGUCUGCCACCGGGACCUCAAGCCCCAGAACUGGCUCCUCGCGUCGCGCCAGCCCUGGGCGCCCCUGCGGCUCGUCGACUUCGGCCUCGCGCGCGCGUUCGACCGCGGCGGCCGGCGCCGCGCCGACCGCGUCGGGUCCUUCUACUUCGUCGCGCCGGAGGCGCUCCGCGGUGUGCUCCGCGGCGCGCACGACGCGCGCUGCGACCUCUGGAGCCUCGGCGUCAUCGUCUACAUCCUCCUCUGCGGCGCGCCGCCCUUCGCGGGCCGGACGGACCGCGACAUCCUGACCAAGGUCGCGCGCGCG